CAAUUGAAGUUUGUUUAAAAGUGAGGUUAAGGCUACAAACUUCAUGUCUUCGUAAUUUGAAAAGUAAAAAUCUUUAUUGCUCAUCUUUUUAGACCAAUGAGAUCAAAACAUCCAAAGAAAUGUAACUCGUCUUAAGGCGAAAACGAAGGUUUAAGAUGAGUACAUUCACCAAAAUGCAAAAGGUGGCCUUAGGACUUGGGACGGUCGGCGGCUCCUGGUGCUUUUUCAAUUUCUUCAACGCCGAUAGAAAGGUAUUCAACUCGUGGACGACGAAUUUCACACCCUCCGUAAAAUGGGACGACAAUUGGGACCAUCGUUCACCGACGUCGCUCGUUCAUCCCAAGCUUUUCAAACUGUCGGACGAGAAAGGCGACAACCAAAUAAACGAAAACAAAGAACGCGCAACACCGAAAGUAAAUCGGCACAUUAUUUUAAUUCGCCACGGCCAGUACAACAUGAGCGGUGAAACCGAUAAAGAAAGGUACUUGACUGCGUUAGGUCGGUCGCAGGCGGAGUAUACGGGGAAACGAUUACUAGCGCUCGGUUUUCCGUACACUUCUAUGAUUAAGUCGACGAUGACCCGCGCUCAGGAAACAGGCAGCAUAAUUAGCGCAUCGUUAGAUAAUUUGCCAGUAAGCGACUGUAAUCUAAUAAGGGAGGGAGCACCAAUUCCACCUGAGCCGCCAGUCGGCCACUGGAGACCUGAAAAGCAGCAGUUCUAUCAGGACGGCGCGCGUAUCGAGGCCGGUUUCCGCGAGUACUUUUACAGAGCGGACGCGUCGCAAGAGAAGGAGACUUACAUGAUUAUGGUGUGCCAUGCGAAUGUGAUACGCUACUUCGUAUGCCGCGCUCUUCAAUUUCCUGCGGAGGCGUGGUUGCGUAUAUCUUUGAAUCACGGCAGCAUAACUUGGCUUACGAUCACGCCGAAGGGAAGAGUUAUAUUGAGGGCGUUAGGUGACUCUGGUCAUAUGCCGGUCGAUGCAAUUACGUAUUAAAUUAUUAGUUGGUUAAGAAUAUUUUUGAAAUUUUUUGUUUGGCAACUUCGUAUGUGUUAUUUGUUUGUAACAGUUUUAUAAAAUUUUUUGCUGGCCA